UGUUCACCUGGUCACAGUCACAUUGCUGUCCAACAUAUUUCGCAGCCAUCUAACGUUACGUCACGUCAGCUGACUUUCCAAAAGGAGCAUGGAGGAGAUAAAAACCGAGCCUGUGGAUUUUGUGAAGGAAUUCCAAGAAUACCUGACCCAGCAGACCCACCAUGUCAACAUGAUCUCAGGCUCUGUUUGCGGGGAUAAAGAGCCAGGGGAGCCCUUUCAAGCCGUGGCCCCCAGGAGUGAGCAGAAUGGUCUGGACCCUCCGUCUGUGGAGGUGAGCCUACCGGUGGAGGAUGGUCCAGAUGUGCAGCUGGACGGCUUGGAGAGGACCUGCGAUGGAAAGUACAAGUGCAGCUACUGCAGCUAUGCCAACAAGGGCAUGGCUCGUUUAAUAGAGCACAUCCGCAUCCACACAGGAGAGAAGCCCCAUCGCUGCCAGCUGUGCCCGUUUGCCUCGGCGUACGAGCGUCACUUGGAAGCCCACAUGCGCUCGCACACAGGAGAGAAACCGUACAAAUGUGACCUCUGCGCCUUCCGCUGUAGUGACCGCAGCAACCUGUCGCACCACCGUCGCCGCCGCCACAAGCUCCUGCCCACCAGGGCCGUCCGCUCUCCCUUCUCCAACAAAAGAGUGUUGAGCUCCCUGCAGAAGAGGACCAGCUCGUUGGGCUUCAGCAGGCGACUGCUCAUCAACUACAACCCUGCCUCCGUGGGGAUGCCAAAGUCGGAUUAUCUAAAUGACCUGUCUAUCAAGAUCCACAACCAUAUGUAUAGCAGUGAUCAUAAUAACCCCACCAAGGUAGAUGAGAAUGACAGUCACAAUAGAGAUGCAAAUGGUUUUACUUUUAAUAACCCACUGGACCAGCUGUCUACACUUGCUGGUCAGUUAGCCAACCUCCAUCCUGAGUCUCAGACCCCUGCAUCCCCAGACAGGGAGUCCUUAAAAGACGUGAAGCCCAUUCUCAUACGACAGGUCUCCAGCGAACAUGUAGCCAUUUGUUCAAAUGGAAUGCAGACUUCACCACGUAAAAAUGAAUCUCCCACCUCAGGCCAUGGGAGUUGUAGUCCUGCUCCCGACCUCGGCUUUGAAAACAGCUUGAACACUGUUACCGCGAUUGUCGGCAACAGCCAGCCGAGCACACCCGUCCCUGCCCCGACCACAGCGGACCAACUGCUCCUGAAUACAUGCCAGCACUGUGAUAUUCACUUUGUGGAUAAUAUCCUCUACACCAUUCACAUGGGCUGUCAUGGCUACGAACAUCCAUUCCAGUGCAACAUCUGCGGUCACAUGUGCAUAGACAAAUACAACUUUUCAUGCCAUUUUGCCCGUGGACAACAUAACAAGUGA